AUGGCCCCAUUUGAAGCGUUGUAUGGCAGACCUUGUAGAUCACCAGUUUGUUGGCUUGAGUCAGAAGAUCGACUGACCCUUGGACCGGAUGUUAUCCAGGAGAAUAAUGAAAAGAUAGCCGUGGUUCGGGAACGACUAGUCUCACCGCGCAAAGGGGUUACUCGUUUUGGUGUGAAAGGGAAACUCGCACCGAGGUACAUCGGGCCAUUUCAGAUCACACAACGAGUCGGUGUCGUUGCUUACCGCCUUGAUCUCCCUCUGGAAUUGUCUCACGUACACAAUGUGUUCCAUGUUUCAAUGCUUCGAAAGUGUCAACCUAAUCCAGAAACCAUUGUGCAAUGGUAUGACGUGCCGAUCCAGUAUGACACGACUUACGAGGAAGUGCCCAUCCAGAUUCUUGACCGGAAGAUGAAAAGCCUACGUCAACGUGAGAUACCGUUAGUGAAGGUGUUGUGGCAACACCAUGGCGUUGAAGAAGCAACGUGGGAAUUGGAAACGACGAUGCAGGAACGAUAUCCGUAUCUGUUCAUAUCGUGA